AAUUAUAUCCUACUUUUGGGUAGAAAAAAAUGCUAGAAACCGUGAAGUACCUGAUCGGUUCAAGAGGAGCGAGCGGGUUCGGGUCGAAAUCCACGGCCGAGGAAGUUACUGAGACUUGCCCUGAUCUCCGUUUUAUCACUGCCAUUAUCACUGGUGCGACGUCGGGGAUCGGUGCCGAGACGGCUCGAGUGUUGGCGAAACGAGGGGCGAGAUUGGUGAUUCCAGCACGGAACCUUAAAGCUGCGGCGGAAGCUAAGGCGAGGAUCGUUUCUGAGUUUCCUAACUCUGAGAUCGUUAUAAUGGCUCUUGAUUUGAGUUCACUCAGUUCGGUUCGAAAAUUCGUGUUGGAUUUUGAAUCACUUGACUUGCCUCUCAAUCUCCUCGUAAACAACGCUGGUAGGUUUGCGCAUCACCAUGCAAUCUCUGAGGAUGGAAUAGAGAUGACAUUUGCCACUAAUUAUCUAGGUCACUUUUUAUUGACAAAACUGUUACUAAACAAGAUGAUGGAGACGACAAAACAAACCGGCGUUCAAGGGAGAAUCGUGAACGUGUCGUCAAGUAUCAACGGUUGGUUUUCCGGCGAUAUGAUCCGGUACCUAGGUCAGAUAUCCAGAAGCAAAAGUCAAUACGAUGCGACACGUGCUUAUGCUCUAUCGAAGCUGGCUAAUGUUUUGCAUACCAAGGAGCUUGCUCAGCGACUCAAGGAAAUGGGUGCCAACGUGACAGUGAACUGUGUUCAUCCAGGGAUUGUAAGAACCCGUCUUACCAGAGAACGUGAAGGCUUCAUCACAGAUCUGGUUUUCUUUUUAGCUUCAAAGCUGCUGAAGACAACCCCUCAGGCAGCUUCCACUACAUGUUACGUUGCAACAUAUCCAAGAUUAGAGAAUGUUAGUGGGAAAUACUUUGCGGACUGUAAUGAAACAUGGACCUCAAAACUGGGUUCCGAUUCCAUUGAAGCUUCAAAGCUAUGGGCUGCCUCUGAAAUCAUGGUGUCUGAGAUUUAAAAAGGGCUAGAAACAUACACGAACAGACCAACCGAGAGAAAGUAAUCAUUACAAAGUUAAAAGACUAUUAGAACCAAGUAGGAUUAUAUAUAUUAAGAUUACUAAGGUUGUCAGCCUAGAGUCUAACUCAUUGCUAAGUCUAUCAACUCAUUAUUAACCUCAAUCCUAAACCCACUAACAUUACCGUGAUAGAAUCAAGUAGGAUUACCGUCUUGGCAGAAAAUGGAGCUGCCUGCGAAGGACCAACCGAAGGAACAGGUGGAGGAACAAGCUCGGGAGGAGGAGGAACCUCAUCAUGAUCUCCUCCACCAUCUUCUUCCACAAUCUCCGGACUGGUUUCAGCCUCAUCAUGAUCUCCUUCCACAAUCUCCGAAACAAGAACAUCCAUCACGCCGGUACCGGGUUGGGCAUUAUUGUUCUCUUUGUUGUCAACAUACAUUCCCCAUAAAAAUAGGUAGACCUAGGAUAGUUA